GCGUAUGGCAGCUAGUUUUUCAGUCGCUUACUAAAUCAAGCAGAACUAAGACAGACAAAGAAGUGCAAGAACAGAGGCUCAUAACUGUUUCUAAACUGCAGUUGAUACAAAGCUUCGUAAAGUAUUCGAGACAGCUUUCAAAUACAUAAGGUUUAACAAGUAUGCCAGUGCUUCCAGAUCAAGUCAGACCGCUUGGAGGUUCUGCUGGUAAACACAAGCCAGUCAAACGUGCCACCAAGAGACCCUUAGACACUCGGGUGGCCAUUGGGACAGCCUUUGACACAUGGCGCUCACUGAAAAAAGCCAAAGGUUUACAGUCUGAUGCCGAAGUGGCAAAAUAUCUUCUUGAUCUAAAAUUGGACAACUCAACCCCAGCUUCGCCCUCAACUAUACCAAUUGAUUUAAAGAGAUUUUCCCAGUCAGAGGUGCAAAAGCUGAUUAAGAAGGAAGUCCACAUGGCAGUGAAAAUGAAAGAAAUCCAGCUGCAGGGUUUGAUAGACAGUAUUAAGAAGAUCAACCAUGAAGCUGACUUAGAAAUCCAGAAACUCCAGGCUCAAAUUGACACAGUGUCUAUAAAAGUGGAUGAAGCUUUUGCUUAUCUGACAUCUCAGAGCAAGUGUCCACCUACUGUUGACAUCAUCAGGCAAGACCUGGACGACAUAACCGUGGAAACCAGCUCACAGAAUGAAAUGCUGGAACUCAAGACAACAAAAAAGGGAGAGACAUUGCAAAUAAUAGAUGAAAUCAAAAAUGCACUGGAGAGGCUUCGUUCAGAAAAAGAUGCGUCUGUGUCAGGUUUGAAUGCAGAAGCGUUUCCACCUUUUCUUACGCCUUAUAGUUCGAGAUUGAAGAAAUGUACGGAUAUGAAAACGCUAGAGAAGAAAGAUCUUCAGCAGGACAGUGAGAAAUUGAAACAGUCAGAUGAGCCAAAGGCUAAAAAGAUCAAAGCUGAUCCUCUUGAGAGCAACAGUCCUGUAAAGACAAAGCAAACCAACAAUCUGAUUGUGAAAGAAGAAAGUCACACGGAUGAGACUUUAGAACAGUUUGAUGAGCCAAAGGCUAACCUUGUCAAAAUUGAAUGCAAUCCUCCUGAGUGCAGCUACGCUACUAAAGAAAACAAUGGAAGGAGCGAUCAGGAACUGCUUUCCUACCCUCCGCUUCCUCCAGUUCCCUUUCCGCUGUUUCUAAACAUUAAAGCGGCUUCAUACAGCAUCCCUCAGAAACUAGCGGUCGACGUGGCCCUCAUCAGAAACCCCACUGGACUCUCAGUGAGCUGGGACGUGAUGGACGAAGAUCCCUGUGCACCGCCAAUGGAAAGUUACACCAUCUUCCUGACGAUGGAAAAAGUAAAAGGUAGCGGCAUCUUCCCAGACUGGCAGACCUACAAUAAAAUGGAGGCCAAGACCCUUCCCAUGUGCGCCCUCAUCAAGAACUACAUACCAGGCCACAGAGUGUGCCUUGCUGUCAUGGGCAAAGACAAAUUCGGCCGAUAUGGACCCUACAGUGAAGUUGUUACCUCCAUCAUACCAGAAUAAGAGCAAAGAGGAACCGGAAAACCUUUAUUCCAUGUUUUUUCAUGUAAACAAAGAUGUUAGUCUGUGCUUUUUUUUACUUUUUUUUUGCCUAGUAUCAUUUCAUUGUAAAUGUUUUGAAAAAGCAGUGACUGCUAUUUUGAAUAUCUUUCAUGUUAUACUUUAAUGAGAGAUUCACACAAACUUGCUGCUUAACAUUGUAAUAAAUCAUUUGUUUUAUUCUGUCAACUAAAUAGAUUAAAGAAAGUUUAGGAAGUUUUUUUUAAAGCAUUUCACUCUGAAUCAAAAAGUAUUAUUAUAACUAAGUUAAAAUUACGUGUAGUGUUCUUUUUUUAGAAGUUUCAACAUUUUUGUAAAGUACAAAGUUUGCGUUUGUUAAUUUUCUGUAUUCGUGGUGAAUGUGCAUUCCCAUAGAUCAAAGUAUUUUCAGCUGUACUGGUGCUAGUGCAGAGAACAUCUUAGGUUAAGUGUGGAAAGGUUUACAGCAUUUCAUGAUUAAAGAGAAUUAAGUAAG